AUGGGGAAAAAAGUGUCACCGUCUAUGCGAGUAUGUUCACGUCAUUUUACUGAACAUGAUUAUAUUCCUUCUGAUGAGCAAACAGCAACAAUAUCUAGUGAUAACAAUUAUAAUGAUAAUCUACAAAGCUUUGAGGACUCAAAUAAUGUAACUGAGCAAAGAAGUGAUAAAGAAAAAUCAAGAGAAAAAGUAACAGCAGAAGAAGAAAUAGAAGAAGAAAAAGAAGAAGACUUGGGCCUUCAAAAUGAUCAAUUAUCUGGCAUAGAACAAGCAGUGAAAACUUUUGACUGUGGUAUUCAGUCCGUUAUCGACAAAAUUGUACAAAAUCUGAGCGAAAUUGGUAUAAAUAUUGGUGAUAAAAUCAUUUUUCCACGACUAUCUUCAGUUAUUUUAACUGAAAAUUCAGAAAACAAUUCUCUCUGCUCGCCUAGAAAAAAAACAGUAACUGAAAAUAAUUUAACAUUGAUUAAGGUGAUAGAAAAGUUUGAAUUGUGUACAAAACGUAAUAUUGAAAUGAGUGUAAAAAAGUUUAACGAUGUUGGAACUCAAGUGCGUACAGAUAAUUUUAUUCCAAAAUUUUCAGAGUUUAUUUCAAAUGAUCAUGAACUUAGUACUUUAACAGGAAUUCCAAAUUUUUGUUUAUUGUAUACGAUAAAGAAAUUAGUAGAUAAACAAAGACCUCCAACAUCACAUUCUAAUGCAAAAUUAGAUUCAUUGGAAGUUAUCAUAAUGACGUUUAUGAAGUUAAAACAAAAUAUGUCAUAUGCUCUUCUAGCUAUUUUGUUUAAAUCGUAUACUCCAGAGACUUGUAAAGAUCGAAUUUUUCAUAUGAUUGAUAUUUUAUACAAAUGUUUAAAGCCAGCUAUAUUAUGGCCUAGCAAAGAGAAUAUUCUUAAAAAUAUUCCUCUUGAUUUUGUAGGAUUUGAGAAUGUUCGUGCUGUGAUUGAUUGCACAGAAAUUCUAAUUCAAAGACCAAAAAAUUUAUGCUGCCAAAUUGUAACUUAUUCUCGUUACAAAAGUUCUUACACUGUUAAAUUUAUGACUGCUGUCACGCCUGCUGGAUUAAUUUCUUUUAUUAGUAAGCCUUACGGUGGUCGGGCUUCUGAUAAUGCUGUGUUUGAGCAAAGUGAAAUUAUUAAAAAAUUUGACAAAAAGGAUGCUGUGAUGACUGAUCGGGGUUUUACUGUUGAUGAUUUAUGCCAAAAAAAUGACGUGAAACUUAUUUCACCGCCUUUUCUUAAGGAUAAAAAACAAUUUUCGAAAAUGGAAGCCAUGAACGGUCGCAAAAUAGCAAAAGCUCGUGUACAUGUGGAACGGAGUAACCAGCGGAUCAAAAUUUUUGAAAUACUAUCGUCGAAAAUGCCUAUUGGUCUUGUGCAUAAAAUUGAAGAAAUUUUUACUAUAAUUUGUGCCAUUGUAAAUUUAAGUCAACCUAUUCUGAAAGAUGAAAAAUUCAUUCAGGAUUAA